CCGUGUGACGUAGAGCUGAGGCUCUAGCUGUUUAUUGUUCCUUCCUCAACGCCGACAGAGAAAAACAGGCUAACAGGCUGUCAGCUACCUUCUCCGCACGGUUCACGGUUGGUUUAACGAAGGUGUUACGGUCAAGACAGCUGACUGCACAAACAAGGGGCCAUGGCGUACGCGUACCUCUUCAAAUACAUCAUCAUCGGAGACACGGGUGUGGGGAAGUCAUGUCUAUUACUACAGUUCACAGACAAGAGGUUUCAGCCAGUUCACGAUCUCACUAUCGGUGUGGAGUUCGGAGCGAGGAUGAUCACUAUAGAUGGCAAACAGAUCAAACUGCAGAUCUGGGAUACGGCUGGUCAGGAGUCGUUCCGGUCCAUCACCAGGUCUUACUACAGAGGAGCAGCGGGAGCUCUGCUAGUCUAUGACAUCACAAGAAGGGACACCUUCAACCACUUGACGACCUGGUUAGAGGACGCUCGCCAACAUUCCAACUCCAAUAUGGUCAUCAUGCUCAUUGGCAACAAGAGUGACCUGGAGUCGAGGAGAGAGGUGAAGAAAGAGGAAGGUGAAGCAUUUGCCAGAGAACAUGGCCUCAUAUUCAUGGAGACCUCAGCCAAGACAGCCUCUAAUGUAGAGGAGGCUUUCAUCAACACAGCCAAGGAGAUCUAUGAGAAGAUUCAGGAGGGAGUGUUUGAUAUCAACAAUGAGGCUAAUGGUAUUAAGAUUGGACCCCAGCAUCCUACCACCAACUCCACACUGACUGGUAGCCAGGGAGGCCAACAGGCUGGAGGGGGCUGCUGCUGAAGCCCCAAAACACACCUCCUCCUCCUUCAACCCCGACCCUUCUCCUCCUCCUCGCCCUCUCUGAUCCCCCCUUGCGUUUCUACAGAACUGUCCAGGCUCACUAACAGUUUGUUAACCUCUCUCUCUCUCUCUUUCCCAUUCUCUCUAUCUCCAUUCUUUCAUCCAUCCAUCUCUCCCUCUCUGUCCUUUUCUCUCUCUGUCUCUCAGCCAUGUCUUUCCUCAGUCCCUUGACCAUGACCUAAGGGUCUGGGAGGGUUGUGUCCCUGUAAAUCAACCUGACUUCCCACAGUCUUACAAGGAUGGAGUCAGCUUCACCUGCAGGUUUAGCCACCAACUUCUCAAGUUUUGCAGUUCAUCUUUUUUUUUUGGUCAGACAAACAGAUUUUUAUCUUUUCAUUUUUAAAAAACAAAACCUGCUGGAAUGUGAAAAAUUCUGUUCCAGUGGUCGAAUUUACGCACCUUUUAAUUUAUGAGGGUGUUGUUGGGAUAUUCUAAGUACCUCAGAAUCCUAAAAAUUAAAGCUAUGUCUUCAGUAACAGUGAGGUCGUUGGUAGAGAUAAAGAAACCCUCAACAACUGACUGUAUGGAAUAAACCACGUGCUGUGUUGUGUCUAUACACACAUCUGUACACGUUUUAAAGAAAAAGACAGCACAUUGAUAGCAGGACAUGUUCCUACAUGUCGAGUCAGUUUGCAUGCUGUGCCUGUGUGUAUAGGGACGAUGUAGGUAUUCCAGUAUGUCGGUUUGUGAGGGUUUAGGAGGCAUCCGAGUCACUCUGUAUCUUCUGUCCAUAAAAACAAAGUGCAAAUUAUUAUGUUAUUUUGUGCUUUCUUUCCCUAUUUUUCAUCACGCUAUUAUUUUUGUUCUCUCUCUUUGUCUUUGUGUCCUUUUUUUGUUGACUUGCAGUUGUAUUUAACGAACACUACAAACUGGUUGUGGCUUAAAGUUUUUUAAAUUGUCGGGAGAGAGAAUAAAAAGACCAAACUGUUAAGUGUGAACAUGGAUCCUUUUGGGAAUGACGGAAAAGGAGGAAAAUUAUAGAAACGUUAAGGGAUGUUGAGAGCAGCCAUUAUGAAGUAAAGAAGUAAAAAAAGGAAAAUAGAUUCAAAAUCAAGACUUUUUUUUGUUAACUAUAUUUAUCGGGCACAUUUCUGUGUAUAUAUGGCUCUUUAGGUUUCUGUAGCUUUUUUUGGCCGUUCAAGGUGAAACUUGGCGUCUUGUUGUUGUCUUUUUUUUUUAACCUGGGGCUUGAUAUAGACCAGACCCUACUGGACCUUGAAGCAGCUUUUUAGCAUUUUAAACAACUCAUUUAAACCCAAAGGCACUGAGGCGUUCUGUCACAUUCAGGUCGGUGGUGCCCUUUCUUUUAAAUGACAAGUAUGAAUGAUAACAGGCUGUUAACAGGGCCGCGUGGAGGCAUUCAAAGUCCCUGGUGGAGAACAGACUCCAAUUGAAAAUGUCAAGGCAUCUCCCUUUUAAGCAAGCUAGGAUUUCCACCAAGAAUUAGCCGGCAGAUAUAUAAUGUAUACUGUUUAGAGCUUGAUCGAUGACUGCUGCAAUGUUUUUUUGCUUUGAGAUCCCCUGAUGUAAUAGGCACCGUUUUACUGUUAUGAUCAUAUUUUACUGCUUCAAUUACUUAAUCGUUCAUCCCUCCCCUCUCAUCCCCACUUCUUCUCUCUUCUUUCUGUCUCUCUCAGACUGUAUGGUAACAUUAGCUCUGUAUUUUAAAUGCCAAAUUAUUGUGUUUACCUGUGUUUUGUCGGGAAAAAAAAUGGAAAAGAAUCAACAAAGCCCCUAUAAUUUGUCUUGGAAUCAGCUGCCUGCCUUAACUCCAGUCCCCCCUGAGAGAUUUGGACAGCUGCUAAAAUGAAUCAAAGUGACCCCCUUACCUGCAGAGAGGCGUUUUACCACUAACUAAAGUUGACGAUGCAUUACACAUGCAUAGAUGCACACUUAGAGAGAUAUGUGUAGUCGUAGGAACAGGCCUAGUUUGUAUUCUGUGUCUGAAUUGGGGCAUUUGAAAUCAAUCCAAACCCACAUGUUAACAUUGUUUCUUCCCAUCCCCUCCAUGCGCACACACACCCAGCCUGCACACAUUAUAUGCAUGCAUACGUCGACGAUGCAUUCAUAUAUAUUUCUGUUCAUCUAACCUAGCUGUUUUCUCGCCAGGCUAACAGUAUAACUGUAGGGAGUUUUUGGGUUUCACAGCAGUGCGAGUGAAUCUCCUCAGCAGUGUGUUCCUCUUAUUUUUCUCUCUCUUUUUUUAUUCCUAGAUAUAUUCAGACAGUUAUUAAUCUUAUUCCGAUGAUGAUUAUUCUUUGUAAAGCAAAAUGUAGUGUGUGUGUGUGCGUGUGUGGAGCCCAGAGGGGUUUACAGGGGGAGGAUCAAGCCAAACCUGAUGCAUCUAUCUAUCUAUCUAUCAAUGGAUUGAUCUCGCUAUCUUAUCUAUG